CCAGCUUCCAGCGGUUGAUGCUGGCUUGAAUACAUUCUCCCGCGGCUCCGCGCCUCUUCACACCGCCUGAACGCAUCUCCGCUAAUAUUCCCGUCGGAAGUCGUCGGCUAUCCCGCCCCGCAGGACCAGAGCGAAGUGCCGGCUAAACUCCUCCAGCUGGCAUCUUCGAAGACUUCCCGGAAUAAGAAGCGCUGAGUCGGGAAAGCUCGGCGCCAAAGGCCCCGAAGCUAAGCUAGCAUUGUUUGCUAACUAGCCGGCUAGCAUAACACAUCGCGAUUAAAAUAAAAUAAUAUUUUUUGUUUUUUUGUGCCGCUUCUUUUUGACGCUGACUUUACGCGACAACAUCUCGUUUUUUAUUUUUUUUUUGCACUUUGUGGAAGUUUGUGGUGUUUUUGCAGCACAUGUGAGGUCUUUUGCCGGCCAGAGUGAUGACGGCGGAGUAGUCAACGAGACGGACUCCAGACGUUCCACAGUCUUCGUCCAUUUACUUGAUUUAAACCUCGCCCCGGGUUUCUCUCCCCCUGUCCCGGUGUCUGCUGGCCCCCCCACUCCUCCCCGAUGGAGGACCAUGACAACAUGGACUAUUUCUACCAGCAGGUGUUGCAGAAAGAUGUCAGUCGCAGGUUGCAGGUCGGCCAAGACUUCAUCGACUACCUGAGGGACCCCAGUCGUUCCACGGACGUGGAGCAGGAUAAGUCCCGGCUGGACAAGACCGUGGACGAGCUGACGGGAUGGGUCAACUCCAGCAACUACAAGGUGGCGCUGUUGGGAAUCGACACCUGUGCUGCAUUUGUGGACCGCCUGGGAGAGCGCUUCAGAGGGCACCUGGGCACAGUCCUGCCAGCACUGGUGGACCGACUGGGAGACGGAAAGGACCAGGUCCGGGAGAACAGCCAAGCGCUCAUCCUCCGCUGCAUGGAGCAGACAGCCUCGCCCAUGUACGUCUGGGAACGACUCCUUCCUUUUUUUAAACAUAAGAACUUCCGCAGCCGGGAAGGACUCUGCCUCUGCCUCAGUACCACGCUCGGACUGUACGGCUCGCGCUCGCUGAGCCUCAGCAAGAUAGUUCCUCAUCUCUGCACUCUUACUGGAGACCAAAACCCUCAGGUACGAGAGGCCUCCAUCACAACUAUCGUCAACAUUUACCGUCACGUUGGCGAGCGGGUACGAGCAGACUUGGCAAAGAGAGGACUCCCUGCUGCACGGUUACAGACCAUAUUCGCCCGCUUUGAUGAAGCUUUGAAUUCGGGCAACAUGGCUCUCAGCCCCAGUCACGAUCGUAGUUUCGAUGAUGACGACAGCGUGGAUGGCGUCCGCUCCUCGGCCUUCAAGGUCCCCAAAGUUCCCAAGAAACCCGUCGAGUCGUCGUCCGCGCGCAGGCCCAGCGCCACCGGCGACAAGCAAGGGUCCAAGGAAAGCGCAGGGGCAGUGGAUGAAUACGACUUCAUCAAAGCCUUCACAGAUGUCCCUGUUGUGCAGAUCUAUUCGUCCAGGGAUCUUGAGGACAACCUGAACAAGAUCCGGGAGAUCUGCUCUGAUGACAAGCACGACUGGGACCAUCGCGCCACCGCUCUGAAGAAAAUCCGCUCCCUGUUGGUGGCCGGCGCUACCACCUACGACUGCUUCUACCAGCACCUCCGCCUUCUGGAUGGAGCCUUCAAGCUGUCGGCAAAAGACCUGCGGUCCCAGGUGGUCCGAGAGGCCUGCAUCACUGUGGCACAUCUUUCUUCCGUGUUGGGGAACAAGUUUGACCACGGGGCCGAGGCCAUCGUACCGGUCCUCUUCAACCUCAUCCCAAACUGUGCCAAAGUCAUGGCCACUUCUGGUGUGUCCGCUAUCCGCAUAAUCAUUCGGCACACGCACGUCCCGCGCCUCAUUCCCUUGAUAACCAGUAACUGCACCACCAAGUCCGUGGCUGUUCGCAGGCGCUGCUUUGACUUCUUGGACCUGCUGCUCCAGGAGUGGCAGACCCAUUCUCUUGAGAGGCACACAGCAGUUUUAGUGGAGAGCAUCAAGAAGGGGAUUCGAGAUGCAGACUCCGAGGCAAGAGUAGAAGCCCGCAAGGCUUACUGGGGCCUGAGGAACCACUUUCCCGCCGAGACGGACGCCCUGUACAACUCCCUGGAGCCAUCUUACCAGAAGACCCUCCAGUCCUGCCUGAAAAGCUCCGGCAGCGUGGCGUCGCUUCCUCAGAGUGACCGCUCGUCGUCGUCAUCCCAGGAGAGCCUCAAUCGGCCUCUGUCUUCAAAGUGGUCGGCAGCACCGGGCCGAGUCCCCGCGGGGUCAAAGGGCGGGGUGCCAUCAGCCUCCCUGCAGCGAUCCCGUAGCGACGUGGACGUAAACGCCGCCACGGUCGCUAAGCAGCGGCACGUCGGGCAGGCCAAGGGAGCAGCCCGCAUGUGCCCUGGCUCCUACUCCUCACUGGAUGAUGCCUCUGAUAAAACGGAUGGUCGCAUGCGCGCCAAACAGCCAUUGUCCACUCCGAGCAGCAUGUCCAACCAGGUGGAUUCCAGAGGGCGGAGCCGCACCAAAAUGGUCUCCCAGUCACAACGUUCCGAAGAAUCCGAUUGCACACCAGCUGGCAGUCGCAGCGGCUCGCCCGGCCGCGUGCUGACCACCACGACGCUGAGCACCAUGAGCUCGGGGACCCACCGGGUGCUGGCGGGGACCACCGGGGACGGCCGGAGGCGCAGCCGCAUCCCUCGCAGCCAAGGCUGCUCCAGAGACUCCUCGCCCACCCGUCUGUCUGUCGCUCCCUCCAGCAUUAGCUCUGUUUACAAUGGCGCCAGCAGAGGAGCUCGGGGCAGUCGUAUCCCCCGGCCCAGUAUGAGUCAGGGCUGCAGCCGAGAGGCCAGCAGGGAGAGCAGCCGGGACACCAGCCCCGUUCGCUCCUUCACCCCCCUCGCCACACGGAGCUACUCUCGCUCCACUGGAGCUCUCCACACACCUGAUGCUUUUGGGGCUGCAGGGUCCAGUUUCGGCAUGGGUCAGUCCAGCCGCCUGUCAUCCUCGGUCAGCGCCAUGAGGGUCCUCAACACCGGCUCAGACGUAGAAGAGGCUCUUGCAGACGCGCUGCUGUUGGGAGACAUGCGGUCUAAGAAGAAGCCAGCACGGCGGCGGUACGAAAACUACAGCAUGUACUCGGACGACGACGCCAACAGCGACGCGUCCAGCGCCUGUUCAGAACGAUCCUACAGUUCCCGGAACGGAGGAGCCAUCCCCACGUACAUGAGGCAGACCGAGGACGUUGCCGAGGUGCUCAAUCGCUGUGCCAGCGCCAACUGGUCUGAGAGGAAAGAGGGCCUGUUGGGCCUCCAGGCCUUGUUGAAGAACCAGCGCACCCUCAGCCGUGUGGAGCUGAAGAGGUUGUGCGAAAUCUUCACCCGAAUGUUUGCCGACCCCCACAGCAAGCGAGACUCCGGCAGGGUGUACGGCACGGCAGAAUCCGGUAUAAGCUCAGCCUCCUUCAAGAGAGUGUUUAGUAUGUUCCUGGAGACGCUUGUGGACUUCAUCCAGGUCCACAAGGACGACCUGCAGGACUGGCUGUUUGUCCUGCUCACACAGCUGCUCAAGAAGAUGGGAGCGGACCUGCUGGGCUCCGUGCAGGCCAAAGUUCAGAGGGCGCUGGAUGUCACCCGCGAGUCCUUCCCCAAUGACCUCCAGUUCACCAUCCUUAUGCGGUUCACCAUGGACCAAACUCAGACUCCCAACCUCAAGGUGAAGGUGGCCAUCCUGAGGUACAUCGAGACGCUGACGCUACAGAUGGAAGCUCCUGACUUUGCCAACUCCAGCGAGACUCGGCUCGCCGUCUCCCGCAUCAUCACCUGGACGAGCGAACCCAAAAGCUCCGACGUCAGAAAGGCGGCCCAGUCGGUGCUGAUUGCACUCUUCCAGCUCAACACCCCCGAGUUUACCAUGCUGCUGGCGGCGCUGCCCAAAACCUUUCAGGACGGGGCCACCAAGCUCCUUCAAAACCACCUGAAAAACACGGGCAACGCGGCACAGGCAUCUAUGGGCAGCCCUCUGACGCGCCACACCCCUCGAUCUCCGGCCAGCUGGCCCAGCCCGGUUACCUCCCCCACCAACACCUCCCAUAACACGCCCUCACCAAGUGCAUUCGACUACGACACGGAGAACAUGAACUCCGAAGACAUCUACAGCUCGCUAAAAGGUGUCACCGAGGCCAUCCAGAACUUCAGCGUGCGCAGCCAAGAGGACAUGAACGACCCGCUCCAGCGGCGCGACGGAGACGAGGGCGGCAGCGGCAUGGAGUCGGUGGACGGCGGCCGCAUGGCUCUGGACAACAAGACAUCCCUCCUCAAUACGCCGCUGCUGUCCUCCAGCCCGAUGGAACAUCGCAGGCUGUUGAUGGACUCUCCCUUCAAACACAGCCGCAAAGAUAGCGGCCUGGACGACUCGGAGCAGCUCACCGACGACAGCAGCAUGGCCCAGUCGGAGCUGAUGGCCGAGCUGCUGAAGGAGCUGUCCAACCACAACGAACGCAUCGAGGAGCGCAAGGCGGCGCUGAGCAAGCUGCUCAAGCUGAUCCACGGAAACACCCUGCAGGUCUGGGACGAGCACUUCAAGACCAUCCUGCUGCUGCUGCUGGAGACCAUGGGCGACCGAGAGCACGUCAUCCGCACCCUGGCGCUGAGGGUUCUGCGGGAGAUCCUCAGCAAGCAGCCCUGGAGGUUCAAGAACUACGCCGAGCUCACCAUCAUGAAGGCCCUAGAAGCGCACAAAGACCCCCACAAGGAGGUGGUACGAGCGGCGGAAGAGACGGCGGCCAUGUUGGCGUUGUCCAUCAGUCCGGACCAGUGUAUCAAAGUGCUGUGUCCCAUCAUCCAGUCGGCCGACUACCCCAUCAACCUGGCAGCCAUCAAGAUGCAGACCAAGGUGGUGGAGAAGAUUUCUCGCGAGAGCCUCGCCGGUCUUUUGCCCGAAAUAGUGCCAGGACUCAUACAGGGCUAUGACAACUCCGAGAGCAGCGUGAGGAAAGCCUGCGUCUUCUGCUUGGUGGCCAUCUACGCCGUGAUCGGGGAGGACCUCAAACCGCACCUCAGCCAGCUGUCCAGCAGCAAGCUCAAGCUGUUGAAUCUCUACAUCAAGCGCGCCCAGUCGGGCUCCAGCGCCAGCGACCCCUCCGAGGGUCUAUAGGAGGAAGGCGCCUUCUUGUGGUACUGCAACCCCGCCGCCUGUUUUGUCGUCGUUGGCUCACGCGCGCCAAGAACUAAAAUACAUGGGUACACUUGUGGACUUGAGUCUGGACUUGACAGUGACACAUUAACCCGCUGCGCCUCCCCCCACCAGUGACGCUUGUCAAAUACACCCUCCACCUGGCCACCUGUUGUCACUCAUGGAUUAUGAAGAUAUAGAAAUGUCCGUCCUCCACCACCUCAUUGGCGUUACCACACCCUCUCUCCCUCCUCAAAAAGUAGCUCACUGGACUUUUAUUUUGGCGAGUUUACUUUAUUCGUCCCCUAAAAGUAAGGUGCCUGGUUUGUAUUAUUCAGUGGAGUCAAAAUCCAUGUGACAAAAUGUCCGCCCUUUUCAGGAAGUACACCACAAAAGGUAGCCUAUUUUAUAAUGAUUACAAUAUUCAAAUGGAAUAUGCCAUGUCGCCCUUGCUUUUCUCUGGCUCCUCCCCCUCAGUCACCUGAGAAAGGUGUAGGAAUGUAUGAUUUUAUUCCUCCUUCCAACAUCAUGUCCCCAGCUCGAUUCUACUUUUAUUAUUAUUAUUAUUAUUAUAACUCGCUCGUGUCUUUUAUGUAACAUUUUCACUCUUAUUUUGGCUCCUGACCCUCCCUCAUGUGUAUUUACAAAAUGUGCUUACGAUAAAAUAAAGAACUCGUUCAGAUCA